AAACGAUAGUGUCGUUCGCUUAUGUUUUCAUUGUGAUUUCUCUAGUAAUUUCAUUAGAAAAGAUAACAUCUUUUUAACAAUUAAUAAUGACAAAUGAUAUAAAUGAUAACAAUUCAAGUAAUUUAAAUACAGUAUCUGGCUCAUCCACGAUGGAAACAUGCACAGCAGGUCCCUUAGUGUUGUAUUCGACAGCCCAAGCAUGGGCAGCUCAGUUUCAUCGCAGUUUUAUGCCUACAAGGGUAUCAGAAUCAUCCGAUGAAGAAGACUUUUCACAGUAUCAAUUUGAAGAUGACUUGGAGUAUCUCAGGUCAUUGGACCCAAAGGAGUGGAAAGAUCAAGAUCAUUAUGCCGUGUUAGGAUUGAAAAAACUUAGGCACAAAGCAACCGAGGAGAUUAUAAAAAGGGCUUAUAAGCAGAAAAUUCUUAAACAUCAUCCCGAUAAACGCAAGGCUAUAGGCGAGGAAAUCCGGCCAGACGACGAUUAUUUCACCUGCAUUACACGGGCCUGGGAAAUUUUGGGGAACCCCACAAAACGUCGAAGUUACGACAGCGUGGAUCCGUACUUUAGCGAUGAUUUACCAGAUGAAAAAGAUUGCAAAAAUAACUUUUAUGCGGUAAUGGGUCAAGCGUUUAAAGAGAAUGCUAGAUGGUCUACGAAAAAGCCAGUACCGCGCUUAGGUGGGUUAGAUACACCUAGGAAUAAAGUAGAGAAGUUUUAUUCGUUUUGGUAUCACUUUGAUUCGUGGCGCGAAUAUUCCUAUUUGGAUGAGGAAGACAAAGAAAGUGGUCAAGAUCGCGAUAUGCGUAAGUGGAUCGAGAAAAAGAACAAAGCAACACGGGCAAAACGAAAGAAGGAAGAAAUGGCACGUAUACGUACUUUGGUCGAUAUGGCGUAUAAUACAGAUCCCAGAAUAAAGAAAUUUCAGCAAGAAGAUAAAGAUAAAAAGACAGCAGCAAAAAAGGCGAAACAAGAAGCAGCAAAGGCGAAACAACAAGAGGAGGAGCGAAUAGCGAGAAAUGCAGCAGAAAAGAAAAGAUUGGAAAGGGAAAAGCGGGAGAUCGAAGAAAAAGCAAAAUUGGAUGCGCUUAAGCAAGAGAGAGAUGCACAAAAGAAGGCGCUCCGUAAAGAAAGAAAAGCAUUGAGAGAUUUUUGUAAAGCUAAUAAUUACUUUGCUCAAAAUUCGGAGGAGAAUAUUAGGCACAUGGAAAGUCUUGAAAAAAUUUGCGAACUUUUUAAAUUGGUUCAGUUAGAGGAGACGAUGAAAAAAUUACAGGCCAAGGGUAGAGUCGCGUUUCUCGAUAUCAUAAAAGAAACAGAAAAGAAAAUAGAAGCUGAACGUAGAGCUGGUAUAACAUGUAACGAUAUGCGAAAUACACCGGAAAAGCAAGUAAAAUCUCAUACAGCACCGUGGAGUGAAACUGAUCUACAACUUUUGAUAAAGGCGGUAAAUUUAUUCCCGGCGGGAACAAAUCAACGCUGGGAAGUUGUUGCAAAUUUUAUCAAUCAGCAUAGCACCUCUUCUACUGGCGUUAUGCGUGACGCGAAGGAAGUUCUUGCAAAAGCUAAAGAUUUACAGUCGACAGAUUUCAGUAAAUCUAGUCUAAAGGAGCAAGCGAACAAGAAAGCUUAUGAUAAUUUUGUCGCCGAGAAGAAAGCCAAGGAAUCUGUCGAGGAUCGAAUGCCAGCGGUCACGGAACGUCUCGAUCAUCCUAUUUCAAACGGCGUUAACUCCGAACAAAAAGAUUGUAAGAAAGAGUCGCAACCUUGGACUCCGGCAGAACAGAAACUUUUGGAACAAGCCUUAAAGACUUAUUCUACAAGCGUGCCUGAUAGAUGGGAUCAGAUAGCGGCAUGCAUUCCAACUAGGACGAAAAAAGAAUGCAUGAGGAGGUAUAAGGAGCUGGUCGAACUCGUCAAAGCAAAAAAGGCGGCACAAGUGAUGAAAUAAUAUUAGUCUGUCCUUAAUAUGAAAAUUCUUUUUAACUUAUUAAAUUCGGGUACAAACAAAUUCAUAAUUGAGUUUGAAAAACGGAUGAAUUUUAGCUUUUACCGAAUGUCGGCUAUUGUAUAUACUUGUGCCUUGCUUUAGUUUGUACAUGCACAGUUUGCUACAGUUCUAGGAAUUUUCUGCUAUUUAUACGCAAGAAAGCAAUUGCUGCACCUAGUGACUGUACAUUUAUCACAAUCGUUAACUGCAUGGAAAAUCGUGGUCCCAAGGUUCGAAUUGACGCUUCCGAAAAUUAAUCUUUUUUCAUAUAACAACCCUUUUGCAAUCGAGCGAUCAAAAUGUCUUGUAAGUAAUGUAAAAUACGAUACUAAAUAGCAAUUGCCGUUUAGAUCGAAGCGUACAUACUUUAUAAAUAAAGACGAACGAUAUUUCGAAAACGCGUGUUUUCUCGAUGUCCAC